ACACAACCCCCUCCCCACCCUCCUGCUCUGAGCUUAAAGGAAGCCUUCCUCUAUCAAACUGUGCGUCUUCUCCCGUGGAGCUCGACUACGCUGUACUCUUCCUGUAGAGAUACCUUGUACCCGGCCGCCCAUUGCUGCCCGUUUCCAUACCUACCCUCCUCUCACACACCCGGAAGAUCGCACACACCCAAUAGACACGAUGGCCACGCACGAGACCCUCAACCACAACGCCGUCCCUCCAACGGACUUGGAGAAGGAUGUGCACACGUCCGGCGCCGACCACUACAACGGCGUUCAAGCAGGCCAAAACGCAGCACACGCGCGACAGACCGGGCCCUUCACCCGCGUUGCCGACUACCGGAAUAUGACUGAAGGCGAAGCGCAGGCGUUCGGCGGCACCCUCCAGCCCGGCCUCUGGAAGCCGUACGAGCACAGAAAGUUCGCCAACCCGGCGCCCCUCGGCCUCUCGGCCUUCGCCCUCACCACCUUCGUCCUCUCCUGCGUCAACCUGCAGGCCCGCGGCGUCAAGGCGCCCAACAUUGCCGUCCCCCUCGCCUUUGGCUACGGCGGUCUCGUUCAGCUCCUCGCGGGCAUGUGGGAAAUGGCCGUUGGCAACACCUUUGGCGCCACCGCCCUGUCGUCCUACGGCGGCUUCUGGAUCGCGUACGGCAUCCUCCUGACCCCGGCCUGGGGCAUCAUCGCGGCGGACGGCCCGUACGCGGCCAACUACUCGGACCACUACUCGGCCGUCGGCUUCUUCCUGACCGGCUGGUUCAUCUUCACGACGCUGCUGCUCCUCUGCACCCUGCGCUCGACCGUCGUCUUCUUCUCCCUCUUCUUCACCCUCGACCUCGCCUUCCUCUUCCUCGCCUGCGAGAACUAUGCCGCCAACAACGGCGCCCUGACGGCGAGCCGCAACCUCCAGAUCUGCGGCGGCACCUUUGGCAUGCUCGCCGCCUUCUUGGCGUGGUACUGCGCCCUGGCCGGUCUGCAAGACGACAGCAACUCCUUCUUCCAGGUCCCCGUCUUCCAUCUCCCUUGGUCCGACAAGGGUAAGGAGCUUCGCAAGGCCAAGAGCCACCGCUCGGUUGCUUAAGCAAGGUUCUUUCUUGUUCGCUUUCUCUUUUUUAUUUUUAUUUUCUUCGCAAAAUAGUUUUCUCUUUUGAUGAUGAUGCGCGCCAUGUGCGAUGGAGCAACCUCCGGUCCACAAGGGCUGCGGUGGCAUGGAUAUAUGUUGAUGGAGAGAGGAUACCCAAAUGGUGAGGGUGUCAUGCCCAGCGACGACUCAUUUAUUAUUAGAAAUCCGAAGCCAUGGAUGAGAGUAUUCUCUUCUGCUUCGUGUUUUACCUUGUUAAUAUUUCUAGAGGCCCUGCAAAAGUGAGGCCGGGAGAGCAAGAACAGAGACGGACUUGACGAUGCCUUGCU